AUGUACGCGUUCGUUCGGAACUUUCAACGUUGCCCGGGGCCAUUGCUUCGGCCCUCUUCCGCCAAAAUCCUCCCCGCCCGGAAGCCGAAGGAAAAGCCAACAACGCGAUGUCUCGCCGAAUAUGUGGUCCCAUUAAAAGUGUCCACCGAAUGUACUCCAUCCACGAACACUCCGCCAAAAACCGCCCCCGCCCAGCGAAAGGCGCAAACGAAGAAGGCGACGCCUUUGAAAAAGAAACUGACCGUCUUGCGCGAGGUGGCUUCGGCCGACGUUGGGCAAAAAGACAUCCCUCCGCACCUUCUCCCCAGCGAGCUGGCUUUGGAUGCGCUGGCGCAUGAUCUGCUCAAGCAGCUGAAGAAGUUCCAGGAUCGACUGGCCGCCAAGUCGGAGGAAAAGAGCCAUGCGCACCGCCGCUACGUCGCCGGCUUCCACGAAUCGCUGAAGAAGGUUCGUGUCGAUGAUGCAAAGCUCGUCAUCCUGGCCCGGAACGUCGAUGCGGAGAUGAAUGAAGUUUUACCGAACUCCCCGCUGUUCGACUUGCGAAGCGAAUGCAAGAAUCGCCGAGUCCCACUGAUCGAGGCGUCGACAAAACGCGGGCUCACCCGUGCCCUCGCCAAGUUCCCCUACACCAACUGCGUCGGCGUGCUCGACUAUAGCGGUGUUGAGCACAUCUUCCACCAGCUGUUGCUUCAUGCCGAGACGGUCAGAGUCGAGAAAAUCGUCCAAAACAACGUCGACCAAGCCUCACUUUUUGCU